AUGGGCAAAAAUAAAGGCGGCUACAAUCUAUUUGAAAGCUAUAUUGCAUCUGGACUUGCGAGUCAAAGUUCAUCUGGCAUGGAUACUCAGUAUAUACCACUGCCUGACUCGAUGAGAACCUCCACUUUAUUAGAGCAAAUUGGUCAAGAUCACAAAUGGUCCGAGCAACAAAUCAAUCAAGACAUCCAUACGAUGGAGCUAAAUCGACUGUAUUACGUCAGCGAUUUACGUGAAUUAUCAAAGAGCAGUUGGAAAGCCAUUGAACUCUUGCCCAUUGUCAAAGACCUCCUUAGAAAGGCAUUGAACCCUGAAGGACAAUCCCUCGACAAGAGCAACAAGAAGAAUAAAAAGGACAAGGAAAAGAAGAAGCAGAAAAAGAAGGAAAAAAAGGACAAGAAGCGAAAGAUGAAGAACCUGGGUGUUCCCAUUGCCAACGGCAGUUUUACGUUAUCAGAUGGUAGAGAUGAAAAGCCUUUGUUUACAGAAGGUGUAGUCAGCGAAGAUCCUGAGACGAUUCGUAACACAAUUCAAAACUUAAAAGUGGAUACUACCAUUGAGGAACCCUUGUCCCCCACGUCUGCUGGUGGUAGAAAGAAAUCUGUUUCCUUUUCUGAAUUGGAUCCAGUGACAGUAGGUGGUACGCCUCCUCUUGCUGCAGCUGCAGCAGCUGCUGCUGCUGCUGUCAUGAGACAGCCAAUGACAAACGGCACUGAAUCAAGUACAUCUAGCAGCAGUAGCAGCAGCAGCAGCAGUAGUAGUAGCGAUAGUAGCAGUGAUUCGGAUUGUGAUAAAAAAAAAGCCAAGCAGCAGCUACAACCUGAAGAACCCGCCAUGCAAAAGAAGCCCAAAGUAUUCACGGGUCGUCCGAUCAAGGCUGUCAGCAGUAAUCGCAUCCGUAUAAAAACCAGCGAUGGUGAUGUAUUCGAAGCAGAUCGAUUUUGUCCUCACAAAAAGGUGGAUCUAGUUAGCUGGGGUCAAGUGAUGGGCCGUAGCUUGAUCUGUACAAAGCAUAAUUGGAACUUCAGCUUAGAUACUGGAUUGGCUGCUAAAGGAGGUAGAUCGAUCAAUCCAUGCAAAGUCAACGACUGGUAG